AUGUUCCUCACUAGGACUGAAUAUGAUCGUGGUGUCAAUACGUUUUCACCAGAAGGACGUCUUUUUCAGGUUGAAUAUGCUAUCGAAGCUACAAAGUUAGGUUCAACUGGAAUCGGCAUCAAGACAGCUGAAGGUGUCGUUAUGGCAGUGGAGAAACGAGUUAAUUCAACUCUAAUAAUUCCGUCAAGUAUCGAGAAAAUUUUCGAGGUGGAUAAACACAUUGCGUGUGCUGUAAGUGGAUUAGUGGCGGAUGCUAGAACUCUCAUUGAACGUGCACGUACAGAAGCAGCUCAUCAUUGGUUUGUGUACAACGAGAAAAUGACAAUUGAAGAUGUGACUAAGGCAGUUAGCAAUUUAGCACUGGCCUUUGGAGAUGAUGAUAUGGAGUCAGGAGCAAUGAGUCGACCAUUUGGUGUAGCCUUAUUGUUCGCCGGUGUCGACGAACGAGGACCACAAUUGUAUCAUAUGGAUCCAAGUGGUACAUAUAUACGAUAUGAAGCAAAAGCAAUUGGUUCAGGCUCUGAAGGUGCACAACAAGCCUUACAAGAAAUAUAUCAUAAGAAUAUGACAUUACAUGAAGGUUGUAAGCAUGCUUUAUCAAUUUUAAAACAAGUUAUGGAAGAGAAGCUUGAUUCAACAAAUGUAGAGAUGGCAACAGUCAGUAUUAAGGAUAAUUAUCACUUAUUCCAAAAGCAUGAAGUACAAGCGAUCAUUGAAGAAAUUGCUCAAUCCUAA